AUGGAUUUAGUCAACCACUUACCGGACCGUUUAUUGUUUGCCGUACCCAAAAAGGGAAGGUUAUAUGAGAAAUGCUGUAACUUGUUAACUGGAGCAGAUAUCCAAUUUAGACGCUCACAGAGGUUGGACAUUGCAUUAUCAACCAAUUUACCAAUUGCAUUGAUCUUUUUACCAGCGGCAGAUAUUCCAGUUUUCGUUGGAGAGGGUAAUUGUGACUUGGGUAUUACAGGUAUGGAUCAAAUUAUGGAGGCUGGCCAGUUUGAGAAUAUUGAGGACUUGUUAGAUUUGAAAUUUGGCAAUUGUAAAUUGCAAGUACAAGUACCGGCACAGGGCAAAUACUCUGAUCCAAAAGAGUUAAUUGGAAAAAAAAUUGUUUCGAGCUUUACCAAAUUGUCAACUGACUAUUUUCAGGAGAUAAGGAAAAGUCAGGGAAUUGCAGAUACGUCUGAUUUGAAUAUUAGAUAUGUUGGUGGAUCAGUUGAGGCUUCGUGCGCUUUGGGAGUAGCUGACGCUAUUGUGGAUUUAGUGGAAAGUGGUGAAACGAUGAAAGCAGCAGGCUUGAAAGCCAUUGGAACUGUGUUAACCACAUCGGCCCAUCUUAUAUCUUCGAAGAAGCCCAAGUUUCCUGAGAUUGUAAGUAUAAUAAAUCAAAGAAUACAGGGUGUUUUAGCUGCUCAGGAAUACGUAUUAUGUAAUUACAAUGCACCAAAAUCCAUAUUAUCCGAUUGCUUGGCUAUAACACCGGGUAAGCGAGCUGCUACUGUUUCCACAUUGGAUAAGCACUCUGUCGAAGAAGAAGACUGGGUCGCUAUUUCAUCUAUGGUUUCCAGGAAAGCAAUUGGUGAUGUAAUGGACGAAUUAAAAAGAGCAGGCGCUUCGGACAUUUUGGUGCUAGAGAUUUCAAACUGUAGAGUUUAA